AGAAAUGCCAAGCUCCAUUUUGUUUCGCUUUGCUCUAUCUAUAAAGUCUUCACAAAAGCGUGUUUCCUGCCGUUUUCUCCAGAGACACAUCCAGGACCAGCAAAAAUCCACCAAUGUGGUCUACCAGGCCCACCAUGUGAGCAGGAAUAAGAGAGGACAAGUGGUUGGAACGAGGGGAGGAUUCCGAGGAUGUACCGUGUGGCUCACAGGUCUCUCUGGUGCUGGAAAAACCACCAUAAGUUUCGCCUUGGAGGAGUACCUGGUCUCCCACGCCAUCCCUUGUUACUCCCUGGAUGGGGACAAUGUUCGCCAUGGCCUCAACAAGAACCUGGGAUUUUCUGCUGGGGACCGAGAAGAGAACAUCCGCCGGAUUGCAGAGGUGGCCAAGCUCUUCGCUGACGCCGGCCUGGUCUGCAUUACCAGCUUCAUUUCCCCAUUCACAAAGGAUCGUGAGAAUGCUCGCAAAAUCCAUGAGUUAGCAGGACUCCCGUUCUUUGAGAUCUUUGUAGAUGCGCCUCUAAACAUCUGUGAAAGCCGAGAUGUGAAAGGACUUUACAAACGGGCUCGAGCUGGAGAGAUUAAAGGAUUUACAGGCAUCGAUUCUGAUUAUGAGAAACCUGAAACUCCAGAAUGUGUGCUGAAGACCAACUUGUCUUCAGUAAGUGACUGCGUGCAGCAGGUGGUGGAGCUUCUGCAAGAGCAGAACAUUGUACCCCACACCACCAUCAAAGGCAUCCACGAACUCUUUGUGCCAGAAAACAAAAUUGAUCAAAUCCGAGCUGAGGCUGAGACUCUCCCGUCAUUAUCGAUUACCAAGCUGGAUCUGCAGUGGGUGCAGGUUCUGAGUGAAGGCUGGGCCACUCCUCUCAAAGGUUUUAUGCGGGAGAAGGAGUACCUGCAAAUUAUACACUUCGACACUCUGCUGGACGGCGUGGCCCUCCGUGAUGGAGUCAUCAACAUGAGUGUUCCCAUCGUGCUGCCUGUUUCUGCGGAUGACAAGGCACGGCUUGAAGGGCACAGCAAGUUCGCCCUGAUGUAUGAAGGUCAGAGGGUGGCUAUACUACAAGAUCCUGAAUUCUAUGAGCACAGGAAAGAAGAGCGUUGUUCCCGUGUGUGGGGAACAGCCACUGCAAAGCACCCCCAUAUCAAAAUGGUGAUGGAAGGUGGGGACUGGCUCGUUGGUGGAGACCUGCAGGUGCUGGAGAGAAUAAGGUGGAAUGAUGGGCUGGACCAAUACCGCCUGACACCUUUGGAGCUCAAACAGAAGUGGAAAGACAUGAAUGCUGAUGCCGUGUUUGCAUUCCAGUUGCGCAAUCCUGUCCACAACGGUCAUGCUCUGCUGAUGCAGGACACUCGCCGCAGGCUCCUGGAGAGGGGCUACAAGCACCCAGUCCUCCUGCUCCACCCUCUGGGGGGCUGGACCAAGGAUGACGAUGUGCCCCUGAACUGGAGGAUGAAACAACAUGCAGCUGUACUGGAGGAAGGAGUCCUGGACCCUAAAUCAACUGUUGUUGCCAUCUUUCCAUCUCCUAUGUUGUAUGCUGGCCCCACAGAGGUCCAGUGGCAUUGCAGAUGCCGGAUGAUUGCAGGGGCCAAUUUCUACAUCGUGGGCAGAGAUCCAGCAGGAAUGCCCCACCCUGAGACCAAGAAAGACCUAUAUGAACCUACCCACGGGGGCAAGGUCUUGAGUAUGGCCCCUGGUCUCACCUCUGUGGAAAUCAUUCCAUUCCGAGUGGCUGCUUACAAUAAAACUAAAAAGUCCAUGGACUUUUAUGAUCCAGCAAGGCAUGACGAGUUUGACUUCAUCUCAGGAACUCGUAUGAGGAAGCUCGCCCGGGAAGGAGAAGACCCACCAGAUGGCUUCAUGGCCCCCAAAGCAUGGAAAGUGUUGACAGAUUAUUACAGGUCUCUAGAGAAGAUCAACUAAGUGUCCAUGGUUCUAGUCUCUCUGAAAUGCUCUUUGACUAAUGAUUUUUUUCUAUUUCUGUGAUUAAAUGUUUUGUAUCCAAUUGCUCCUCAAUGAUUAAUUUUAAAGUUAGUAUUUUGUAAUGAGGUAAAAAGUUGUGCCUAUAAUUUAAAACCAACUUCAUUAUGUAUAUGAAAGUCACACUGGAGACUAAAUCUUAGGUAAAAACAAUAUUGUUAUACAUUCCAGAAUGAAGCAGUUGUAUUCUACUCCAUCCCAGCAGGUAUGUGUCAGACUUCUUUAAAAAUGUGACCAUGUGUCUAGUUGACAUGCCUAAACAGAAGCAUACUUUCAGCUUAAUUUUACCAAGCUGGAAUCCCAAUGUCACUUACUGGAAGUAAUAAACCAUACAAACAGCCUCUUCUGUACAACUUGACCCAAAAGAACCAACCAAAACAACUGCCACCUUGAAGAAAAUAUGGCUCACUACAGGAUUUUUACCUCAUGACUACAGUCUUGCUACCCAAUGUAUGAGUUGAAGACGCAACUGGAAGAAAUACAUGUGUGAGGGUGUGAAUCUUAAAGAAGUACGCAACUUACUUCUGUUGUGAAAAUGACAUAGUCUAGCAGGAAGCCAAGGUCUAAUGGCCUUCUAUGAAUAGUAACUUCAGUACAAUGGCACUUUUCAAUAGUGUAGUGUGCUUUGAUGAGAAUUUCUCCCAGGGACUAAUUCUCCAUCAGUGAAUAUUGUAGAAAACUACAUUCCCCACACUUUGCUGUGGCCAUAGUUACCUUGGAGAGGCUCCUAUUUGAUUGCAACUAUAACCAAAACUAACCCACAUAUUAAUCAGAAGCUAAAACUGUUGGUUUCUACAGAGAAGAUAAAAUCCAAACCUCAUUCGAGUGCACAGAGAUGAUCCAUACAUAAGCUUUGAGAGCUGCUGAGCACUGUAAUACACACAAUGGCCAUUACCAAAUACGACUGACAAUCAAGAGUGCCCAGCCCAUCACACUCCUGAGCUAGGUCCCUGUCUACAUUAGACAACACAGGAGCUGGUUCUAAUACCUUGAAGCUACUUAACGAAGUUCUCUUUGAGAAUGCUAAAGUGACCUUUUUAGAAACGGAAAGGUUCAGGGUAUCCCAAACUCUUAAUAUUACAGGUUUCCAGACUGUGCCUGUUGUGAAACAUCUUUUGAUGGUUUUAUUUUCUAAGAGGUAAUUCUUGUAUUUUAUGUGUGGUUCAUUGUUGCCAAGGAGAAUAUAGAAGAAAAAGACCACAAACUGAAAAGAUAAGCUGUGAUUUUUUUCAUACUGCCAGAUUUUUAAAAACGCUAACAAAAGCUCUUUUGAGAGUAAGUUACAUACCAUGACCACAGCAAAGUGAGUUGAUUGCAUAGUGCCUGUGUUCACUGCUAUCAGAGCUACUCACUGCUGCCUUUAAAACUAUGUAUUCACUGUAACAUGACGUUGUAGUGCCUUCCCAAAUGAAUAAAACUUGUGAUUUUUUAAAGACACAGAAAGCUGCCUUUCUGCUCUAGUACUGCAGUCAGUGUAACUGUUUCAGUGUCCAACUGAUGCUUGUUCUUACUUCAAUAAACCUCUCGAAGACCAA